CUCCCUCUCUCUGACUCUCACUGCAUACCUCUCUCCACCAUCCUCCUCCAGCCAGUAAAGAACAACAGCUCGGCACUGAGCUCCGAGACACCUUUUCUCUUGCCUUUUCCAGCCUUUUCUUCUUUCACAUUCUCUCUCUUUCAUCCUCUUCAUUCUUCUGUCCUUCAUCUGACCACAUCCACCUGCAUCAUGGCUAGCACUGUAUCAGCCUACUCUGAGAAGCUGAUGGAGAUGUCAGUACUGUCUCUUAUCUGCUCCUGUCUGCACUCCAAGCCUCAUCCUCAAACCCUUGGCCUGUUUGAGGAUAUGGAGGUGAAGUCCCUAAAUAAGCGAAUCUCUGGCCAGGCCUUUGAGGUCAUUCUGAAGAGCCCCACCGAUCUGUCACCAGACCGGCCCCAGAGCCUGUCUCUGGCAGCUCACAAGAAGGAGCCCUCACUGGGAGAGCUGCAGAAGAAACUGGAGGCUGCGGAGGAAAGAAGAAGGAGUCAAGAGAAGCAGAUCCUGAAGCAGUUGGCUGAGAAGCGUGAGCAUGAGAAGGAGGUCCUGAACAAAGCCCAGGAGGUGAACAACAACUACAGCAAGAUGGCAGAGGAGAAGCUCAACCACAAAAUGGAAGUGAGCAGUGAGAACCGCACGGCCCGUCUUAGCGCUCUAAAGCAGCGUAUGAGAGAAAAAGAGCUGCAUGCUGCAGAGGUACGCAGGAAUAAGGAGCUGCAGUCUGACCUCUCUGGCUAAGGACAUAUACCAGCUUCCCAAAGUCUGUCUCCUUAUACAUCCCAACCAAUUAAAGUUUGGGUUUGAAAAAAAAUGUCACUUUUUAAAGCCACUCUGUCUUAAGAGGCCAUCAGAUUUUCACUCACCAUAUCAGUCUCAUUUCCCACAGAAAGCAAGAUAAAACAUCUAAUAAUGUACUUCUACGUAUCUAAACUUCACAAAUAUUCAACUUGGUAUUCACAUUCACAUUUACACUGCACUUUCAGGAAUACUGAAGCUCUUAUUGGUAGUGAAUGAAAAGUCAUGAAAAACCCAGUUUUCAGUGUGCCAAGCAAUAUGGCCAUUACCGAAUGCUGAAGACCAUACAAAACAAUAAACUUGAAGCAAAGCAGCUUCAUAUAAACAA